UCCAGCUUCUCUAUAUAAAUCAACCCCAUUCGCCAAAGUUUCCUUGCAUAGAAAAAACUUCUUCUCAGGGUCAAUCUCUCUUUCUCUCCCUUAGUUCACCACCUUCUAAAAUCCAUAGCCAUGUCUCAGACAGUUGUUCUCAAGGUUGCUAUGUCAUGUGAAGGUUGCGUUGGGGCCGUGAAAAGGGUUUUGGGAAAAAUGGAAGGUGUAGAUUCCUAUGAUGUUGAUUUGAAGGAUCAAAGGGUGACAGUGAAAGGCAAUGUGCAGCCUGAGGCAGUUCUGCAGACUGUUUCAAAAACUGGAAAGAAGACUAGCUUCUGGGAAGCUGGAGAACCAGCCGAACCUGUGGCGGCAGUUUAAAUCUUCACACUGCUUGCUUUGUUGUUAUAUGUAGUCUAUAAAUCGACUAUAGCUUGUUGAACUUAUAUAGCACAAUAUCAUGUGUACCUAUGAAGCUUGACAUUUGCUGUUCAGCAAAAUCUGAAUUAGUAAUGAAUAAUUAAUGCAACACUGCCUCUUGUUGGAUUUUGAA